UACAAAAGAUCAAGAACAUAAAUUUAGUCGUCUUUUAAACGUUGAACACUCAAUUUGAUAAUCUUCAACACUAGAGUAAACAAAUACAACAAUGACGAGAUCGGUGAUAAAUUAUACACAUUUGUUAGGGAUCGUUUUAAGUCUCAUGCCAUGUUGCUGGACAUAUGAAGUGCCUAAAGCCACAAUUAAAGUAUUCUAUCCCAAAGGUUUUGAGGUGUCCAUACCAGAUGAAGAGGGUAUAACAUUGUUUGCCUUUCAUGGCAAAUUAAAUGAAGAAAUGGAAGGUUUGGAGGCAGGAACUUGGGCUGUUGAUAUUGUAAAGCCCAAAAAUGGACGUUGGAUAUUUAGGGAUCGCAUUACUCAGCUUAAAUUUGGUGAUACCUUGUAUUACUGGACCUAUGUUAUCUACAAUGGUUUGGGCUAUCGUGAAGAUAAUGGUGUGUAUGUGGUGCAGCAGUAUGCUAAUACAACAGCAACAACAACUACUACUACAGCUGUAACGGAUAUACCAACAAAAACCACUACCUGUAGUUCAGCGGUGACCAUGGUUAAUGGAGCUCCAGCACUCUGUAGUGGUCAAAUUAUAUUUAAAGAAAAUUUCGAAGGCCAUAGAUUAGAUUCUAACCACUGGUCCCUAGAGAGACGUAUACCUCAACAACCCGACUAUGAAUUCAAUAUGUAUCUGGAUGAUGUGUCAGAUGUUUUGCAAGUAGACGGUGGUAUGUUGACCAUUAAACCCAAACCCACCAGUCAACAUUAUCAUGCUGAUGUUCUUAAGAAAACCUUUUCGUUGGGUUCAAAAUGCACCGGUAAAUUGGAUACAGAUGAGUGUGUGUUUCAUCCUAAAACGCAAAAUAAAUUAAAUCCCUUGAUAACGGCGCAAAUCACUACUAAAGGUAAAUUUUCUUUUAAAUAUGGCAAAGUAGAGAUAAAAGCUAAAAUGCCUGGCGCCAUGUGGGUGUAUCCACAACUAUGGCUAGAGCCCUCAAAGCACACUUACGGUACAAGUGAAUAUCAUUCGGGACAAAUGCGUGUGGCUCAUACUAUAGCCAAUGGAGAAGAGGUAAUGCUGCAUGGUGGUUUGCUCUUAAAUGCCAAUGAACCCUGGCGUUCGGCAAAAAUGUGCGAAUAUCAAUUUAAACAACUUAAUUUAACGCAUGACUUUCAUUUAUACGAACUAAUCUGGACCCCAGAUUCAAUCACUGUAGCGGUAGAUGGUCAAGAAUAUUGUUGCAUCAAAAUUACCGAUGACAAACAAGCCUUUAAAAAUCUUCAUUUAAAUAACCAGUAUUUACCAAAUCAGGAUCUUUUGAAUGCUGGUUCCAAUUGGGCUCCUUUUGAUGAGGAAUUCCAUUUGACCUUGGGCUAUGGCAUUGGCGGUAAUAAUGUCUUUAAAGAUGAGUUCCACUGGAAAGAGGAAAAGCCCUGGCCUAAUACUGAUCCUCGUUCGAAGAAUAAAUUUUGGAAAAAAAUUUCCAACAAUUUGAAUUGGUUAAGUAAUGGUGAUUUGCGAGUGGAUUUUGUUAAAGUAUAUGCCGUGUGAUUAAGAUCAAAAUUUUGUUAAUUGAUUUAAUUUUUUUUUAAUAUUUUUACUAAUAAAAAAUAUGUGAUAAAAA